AUAGAAAGGUCAAAACUUCUGUUCCAAUCUCUUCAUCAUCCAACUCCUUUGGUCCUUCCCCAGGUUCUGUUUUCCCUUCUGUUCUUUGUUUUUUCUAAGGUUGUGGCAUAAAUCAAAGUACAAGUGUCUGUAUAUAUCUUUGGUUACAAUCUGGUUAUUGGGUAGCUCCAAGAUUUAGUCUUUCUUGGUGGGUCUUUGUAUAUUCUGGGGUUGGAUUCUUCAAUUGGUUUCUUUAGCUCUUUGGGUGAUCUGGGUUGAUGGGUUAUGCUUAGUUUGUGUGUCAAAGGAUUGGUUUUUGAAUUGUUCUUUGACAAUAUAGCUUGGAUUUGGUGAAAAGAUUAGAGCUUUGUUUCUUGAAGAUUGUGGGAUUCGAUUCAUAGAACCAAAUUGGUAUAGGUUAGGCUGAAAUUUGAACCUUGAGUUUGGAAGUUGUGGAAAAUUGUGAAGGUCUAGUUUGGAGUUGAGAAUGGUGGAAUCAUUGGCUUCAACCUCGUUUAUUGGGCAUAGGCCGCUCUAUGCUGGGGCUUUUGUUAAGGAUGUUACAGGCAAGAAGAGGUCUGUAGGUGUAGUUGGGUUUCCUGAAGCGAAAUAUGUUCGUGGUCGAAGGGUUAUAAUGUCUCCUCCUUUGUUGAGGUUGGGAGGUGAUCGGUUGAAGACUUCAUCGAUCCAUGCCCUUGCAAUGGAGCUAGCGCAUGAGACGUAUUCGUUUAGGGAGGAUAGGAUUCCGCAGAAAUGGAAUUAUCCUGCAGAGAAAGGGGAAGAUCAAACUGGUAGUGAUCGAAGGCCUGGCUUGUGGCCACCGGAGAAUAAGGCAGAUAUGCCUUCAUUGCACAACCCCUUGCUGAGGCAAGAAAGGAUGGGAAGUGGUUGGUUGGUUGCGAUAUUUGAGUGGGAAGGUGUUUUGAUUGAAGACAACCCUGACCAUGAGAAGCAGGCUUGGCUAGCUCUUUCUGAAGAAGAAGGGAAAUCUCCUCCGCAGGCUUUUGUUCUUAGGAGGAUAGAAGGCAUGAAGAGUGAGCAGGCGAUUUCUGAGGUUCUCUGCUGGUCAAGAGACCCAGCGCAGAUGAGAAGAAUGGCUGCACGGAAGGAAGACAUUUACCAAGCUUUGCAAGGUGGCAUAUACAGAUUGCGAGCUGGAUCAAGAGAGUUUGUGAAUGUUUUAAUGCAUUACAAGAUUCCGAUGGCAUUGGUCUCUACACGUCCUAGGAAAACUCUUGAGGCUGCAGUUGGGAACAUUGGUAUUGAAGAAUACUUCAAUGUGAUGAUAGGUGCUGAAGAUGUUCAAAGGGGAAAGCCUGAUCCUGAGAUGUUUGUGUAUGCGGCACAGCUUCUGAAAUUCAUACCCGAGCGGUGCAUUGUAUUUGGAAACUCGAAUCAAACAGUGGAGGCUGCUCAUGAUGCGCGAAUGAAGUGUGUGGCUGUUGCUAGCAAGCAUCCUGUAUAUGAACUUGCAGCUGCAGACUUGGUGGUUAGGCGCUUGGAUGAGCUAUCUGUGGUUGACUUGAAGAAUCUUGCUGCAGUAGAAUCAGCUGAAUUUGGUGAAGAGCCCGAGUUGGAACUGGAGGAGGAAGAAGAUGAUACAUCUCCGUCUACCAGGGUCGCAGUUGAUGAUGAUUUCUGGUAACUCCUGUUAAAGUGUACAGAUUUUAUUCUUCAUUUGAUGAUAUAGUUUUAUGUCAACAAUGCUAUGUAUAAGCAAAAAAGGAAAGUGAAAAAAAAAACACGAAAAAAGAACAAAGCUGAAAUAUUUCAGACUACCUUGAUGUUAGCAUCUCUGUAUUCUCUGUACAAUAUAGUGUAUGUUUAGAACUUCAAAUAGCUACAUUGUCUUCUGUAA